AUGAUAACUGUAUCAGUAACCAAUGACAGGGUGCGCGAUAAGUUGUCUGACUUGGGCUUAUGCGUUUUCAUAGGAAACUUAAAGAGAGCGAAGAAAUUGCUAAAGAAAAGUGACAUUAAUAGCAAAUUUAUGAACAACAAUAAUUUGCUUCACAUAUGCUCACACAAUGAAAACGCGAACAUGUUUUAUUUUCUGCUAAGCAAUGGAUGCGACUAUAAGCAUAUAAAUGAUAAUGGGGAUACCUGCUUGCAUAUGAUUGCGCUAAAUAACAAUAUCUACUGCUUCGACAUCCUCUGUAGAAAUAAUAUUAAAGACAUCAUUGACUUAAAGAAUAAGGAGGGGGAUACUGCUUUACACAUAGUCAUAAAAAAUGGAUUUUACGAAUUUUUUACCCUACUGAUAAAAUAUGGGGCAAAUACAAAUAUAAAAGACAACUAUGAUAUGGACGCCUAUGAAUUAUUAGACCUUUACAGGAAGAAGGAAAAAUUGUACGAUUACAAUUCGAACACAUAUAGAAAUAUGCUUAAUUUUUUAAUAAGCACGAAAAAGGAACGUUAA